UUGAAUGCUUUACAAAUAAUUUAUGAUGAGUUAUUCUGUUAGUUUCAUGAAUUGUGGGGGAAGGUGUUUAAAGUAGUUUCUCUCUAUUUGACCCUUUUUAUAUCAAUUUCAGUAUCUGAAUUUCUUUAGCAAGUUGCUGAAUGUUUCUUUGUCUUGUGUUUUUAAUUUUAUUUCUUUUAGAAAUAAGCGAAUUUUCCUUUUGCAGUAGCUCAAAGAGGGAACCAAACUUGUUUGAAGAUGAAGGGUGUGUCUCAUAAAGUAGAUAAGGUUCCCCUCAAGUUCUCUUUUUUAUUGGAGUUGUCGGCUUCGAAUGAUCUGAUUGGCUUCCGAAAUGCUAUCGAGAGAGAAGGUCGUGAUAUCGAUGAGCGAAGCUUGUGGUAUGGAAGGAGAAUGGGUUCAAGAAAGAUGGGGAUUGAACAAAGAACACCUCUUUUGAUUGCUUCCUUGUUUGGGAGCAAAGAUGUGGUGAAGUAUAUUCUCAAAAGUGGUCGUGUCGAUGUGAACAGGGCUUGUGGUUCCGAUGGUGCCACUGCUCUCCACUGUGUUGUUGCUGGUGGAUCCUUAAAUUCGUCCGAGGUUAUAAAAACCUUGCUUGAUGCGUCUGCUAAUAUUAAUGCUCUCGAUGCUAAUGGAAACCGACCUCGUGAUUUGAUUGCUAUGGCUUGCAAUUCAGCUUUCAACUCGAGGAAGAAGAUAUUGGAGUCUUUGUUGAAAGGUAGUGGCAGUGAUGAUGAAAUAGAACGUUUGCCUGUUCAUUUAGAAGCUUGUGAUUCAAUGCCCUGGGUUUUGAAAGAUGAAACUGAGAAGAAAGAGUAUCCCAUUGAUGUUACUCUUCCAGACAUUAAGAAUGAGAUGUACGGAACAGAUGAGUUUAGGAUGUAUAAUUUCAAGGUAACACCUUGCUCCAGGGCUUACUCUCAUGACUGGACUGGGUGCCCCUUUGUUCAUCCUGGGGAAAACGCGAGGAGACGUGAUCCUAGAAAACAUCAGUACAGCUGUGUUCCUUGCCCUGAAUUUCGUAAGGGAUCCUGUAAGCAAGGUGAUAAUUGUGAGUAUGCACACGGUAUUUUCGAGUCCUGGCUUCAUCCUGCUCAGUAUCGAACUCGUUUAUGCAAGGAUGAGAGUAAUUGCAACAGGAAGGUUUGUUUCUUUGCUCACAAGCCUGAAGAGCUUCGUCCGGUGUAUGCUUCAACAGGUUCAGCAGUGCCUUCCCCAAGAUCUUAUUCAGCUACUGGUCCCGCUUUAGACAUGGGUUCAAUGAGCCCACAUGCUCUUGGUUCUCCAUCUAUUUUGAUGCCUCCAACAUCAACACCGCCGUUGACACCUACCAGUACGUCUUCUCCUAUGGCAGGGGUGAUGUGGCCAAACCAGUCUAACAUCGUACCGACCUUGCAGCUUAAUCGUAGUAGGUUGAAAACUGCACGAUGUGCUCAAAAUUUGGAUUUAGACGUGGAACAACUUGGGCUGGAAAGUAAUUGUCGCCGCCAGAAGCAACAACUAAUUGAUGAGAUACCUGGUCUUUCCUCCCCAACCAGAUGGAACAAUCCCUUAUCCACUACUUCAGUGUUUUCUGCUUUUGCAAACCGAACUGGCGAAUUAAAUAGGUUUGGAGCGAUAAAGCCCACUAACCUUGAAGAUACCUUUGGAUCUCUUAAUCCUAAUAUUUUGCCACAAUUACAAGGAACCUCACUCGAUGCUCCAACUCAUCAACUACAGUCUCCCACUGGAGUUCGUAUGCGUCAGAAUAACAAUGAGCAGCUCCAUGCUAACUACCCGACCAACCUACCAUCCCCUCCCGUGAGGGCAUCUCAAUCCUUUGGGAGUGACCCAUCUAGACCGACUACAACUGCAGUUUUAAGUUCAAGACCAGCUGCCUUUGCAAAUCGGAGCCAAAGCUUUAUCAAGGAUACUUCGAUAAAUCAUCAUUCAGGGUUUUCUUCAUCGACUUCUUCAGCAAGUGCAAUGCCUUGUAACUUCUCAGAUUGGGGUUCACCUGAUGGAAAAUUAGACUGGGGUAUACAGGGAGAUAAUAAACAAAGGAAAUCUUCUUUGGUGUUCCGAAACAAUGGUAGCAAUUUUGGAAAUCCAGUAGAGUCAAUGUCACCAACUUCUGAUGAGCCAGAUGUGUCUUGGAUACAGUCUCUAGUAAAGGACACCCCUUCCAAGCAAAUAAGUUUUGAGGAUGAGCAGCAACAAGAACAACGUCAUCUUAACAUCGGGGGUUCAGCAUUGUUCCCUGCUAGGGUGGAGAAAUUAUGUCUGGAGCAUGAGAAAAUGGUCACCUAG